AUGCGAGAGCCUAUUGUCCGGCUGGAGCAUCUCGGAAAUGAGUUCAUCAACAUCAACCCCGGUGCCACCUUCUCCAACCUCGAGGCCGCCUUUGUCUACGGCUUCUACUUCCACGAGGCCUACCACCACCACCUAGCCGCCGACCGCCCUUCGGACCUCCACCAUGACCAGCGCCGCCACGGGCCCCACCGUUUCUCCCGUCAUGCCGGGGCCACCGCUAAUUGCAACCGUUACUACAAGUACCAGUCCGGCGACUCGUGCGAUGUCGUCGCCUACAAGAGCAGCAUCAUUGUCUCCCAGCUGAGAGCCUGUAAUACCGAUAUUAACGCCUCCUGCUCCAACUUCUGGCUUGACUACUACAUCUGCACCCGUGUGCCCGGUACCGUCACGCCAACAACGACAGCAAAGACCACCACCGCACCGGGGCUGACCAAGACGGCCCAGCAGUCCGGUGCUGCAGGGAACUGCGAUAAGUGGUACAAGAUUGCCUCUGGCGACACCUGCGACACCGUUGCCGCCAAGAACAAGAUCACCGUCGCGAUGUUCCGCAGCUACAACGCCCAGAUCAAUUCCGGCUGCAACAACCUACUGAAGGACUACUACGCCUGCGUCGGCACCCCCGGCGCUGCCACGCCCAUGCCCUGCAUCGUGUCCAGCUGCAGCCGCUUCCACAAGGUUAUCUCGGAUGACUUGUGUGAUGCCACUGCGUCGAAGACCGGCAUCACCAUGGCCAACCUUCGCAAAGGGAACACACAGAUCAACUCGGGGUGCACUAAUAAGUGGCUUGAUGCUCUGAUUUGCACCAAUGCCUAG